AUGGGCUCCGACGACAUUGUCGACUUCGAGGUCAUCGAAAACUCGAAGGAAAACAUUCAGGCCAUUCCCAGCGGCCGCUCUGCUAGAGCACUCGCACAGCUUUACACACCGCCCCUGGGGGCAAAGCCAGGACACGCACCGUCGCCACUGCAGUCACAAGAUGCGCAUAGUGCUACGCGGCUCGAGUUUGAAAAGGAACUCAUGAACAUCGACGACUCCGACGACCCGCUCGACAUCUACGACCGAUACGUCAAGUGGACUCUGGAUGCGUACCCCUCUGCGCAGAACGACAAGCAGUCACAGCUGUGUCCACUCCUCGAGCGCGCGACAAAAGCCUUCCAGUCGUCCACACACUACAAGAACGACCCCCGCUAUCUGAAGCUCUGGCUGCACUACAUCAGACUCUUCUCCGACACACCGCAGGAGGUUUUCAGGUUCCUUGCGCGACACAGCAUUGGCGAUGGACUGGCGCUGUACUAUGAGGAGUUUGCAGCCUGGCUGGAGGGAGCCGGGCGCUUCUCGCAGGCCGAGGAGAUCUACAACAUGGGCAUUGAGCGCGAGGCACGGCCAACUGAGCGCCUGGUCCGCAAAUACGGCGAAUUCCAGCAUCGCCUCGAAAGCCGGCCGCAGGACGUUCCCGAACCUUCGAGCCCUGCCUUGCCCGCUAUUCGACCGGCUCUGGCGGCAAAGGUCGACCCAUUCGCCCCUGCAUCGCCUGAACCGCAGGCGCAGAGCCAGCCCAAGGCAGCCAAGCCAAAAUCUGGCAAGCCAAAGAUGGCCAUCUUCUCGGACGAGGGCGAGCCAGCAAGGACAAGCUCGAGUGGAAGCGGCAAAGGCUGGGACAGCAUUGGAACAGUGGCAGACCGCAAGAAGGAGAACGCGCAGGAAGCUCGACCUUGGGCUGGUGAAACACUGAAGGGUGGAAAGACCAACAAAGGCGCGGGCAAGAUGAUGAUUUUCAAGGAUGAGACCAAAUCAUAUCUUGAAGACGAGACAUGCAAAUCCCACCCACUACGUGAACAGCUACAAGCUGUCAACCCAAAGACAGGCAGAGUCGAGGUCGUAUUUGUUGACUUGGAACAAGUAUACCCCAACCAUGAAGAUCCAAUGUCAGUAGAGUUUUCAUUCGAAGAGCUACGUGCUAGACACAGAGGCUGGCUCGACCGCGAUUGGGCGGCCAUUCGUCGCGAAGAACAAGAGCAGGCCAGGAAACUCGCUGAAGAGGCUGCUGCUGCACAGCCGCCUAAGCCUAAGCCCGCACCUUUGGCACCAAAGCAAGAGCCUCUAGCGCCCAAGCAAGACGCUCAAAAACCUCCGAAGCCGCAGACUGUACCUCUCAAAGGUGGGGAAGAUGGCGUGUUGGCUGAUGACGACGAAAACAGACCGCCUUCGCAAGCGGACGUUGAGAAGGCAAGGGCAGCAAAGAAGGCACGGAAGGAAGAGCGCGCGAAUCGUACCCGAAAGAUCCAAGUCCUAGACGUCAAGGAGAUCAGUGGAGAGACACAAACGAUUCAAGCCAAGCUGGAUUCUCCAUCAAAAAAGUCAAAGGUUCGCCGAAAAAAGAGCGGUCGAGAGGCGACUAUGACUCUUCACACAAAGGAGGCGAUGGAUGACAUCUACGAGAUUUUUAACCAGCCGCUCAAGAAAUCCGAGGAGGAGGCUGCAGAGCCCCAAAGUGAAGAGAUCAGCAGUGACGACGAUGAGAGUGACUACACAAGUGGUGCAGAGAGCACAGCGACACGCAGCGAGUUUGGCGACGAGACCACGGUUGGUGGGGACUUCACCCUAGGGACGGUAAUAGGUGACAACGAUUCCGACGAUGGCAGCGAGGCCGACAACACUGAAAUCGACAACACCGAUGUUGGAAGUGUCUCAGCUUGGUCUGAUCUCACCGAGAGUAAAGACGCGGCAAAAGCAAGUGACGAGGACGACGACAAGGAUGAUGCCCACUCUGACGACGGCUCUGAAAAUUCAGCAGACGAGUCUUUUGAAGAAGUGUCGCAUCCACUGGUCCAUACAGAAGAGCAGAAUGAGCCUGAGGUGACCACCCCUACAUCACCAAACGCACCAGCGUCACUGCCUACUCGCUUCCUCCCCAUUCCUCCAGAAGACCACGACUACCCCAUGAGGCCGUACCGAGAUCCCGUGCAGGCCGCGAACAACCGCCUGCCCUUCAUGACCCCAAUUGUUGAGAAGACUGAAUCAUCACUGGGUUUUGCAACUGCUUACGCUCAGAAGGAACAACUGAACGCAAAGACGCCGUCACGAUCGAAGGGCGAUCUAAUCAUAUUCGAGGACGAAGAUGAUGGUGAGCCUGGCAGCAGCCCCUAUCAGGAUCUCCUCAGCCAAGCUAUUGAUGGCCCAGGCAAGAUCACGAAGCUGUCCCUUCGAGAAUCGAAGCCAACGAUGAGUGAACCUGUCGAGGAACGGCAGCGAAAGCCAUUGGCGGCAAAGCCAGCUGUAUUCAGAGAUCCGAAACCAACAGGGCCCAUCAUCAAGGAUACACAGUGCAACCCGGUCGACGAGGUUAUUCGCAACACCAUUUUACAAGAGAUCCAGCCACCACUCGACAGCUAUGAUGGAUACUUUGCGGAUACGGAGGCAGUUAGUGGAAAGGGUCUUGAGAUUCGAAAAUACACGAAGGCGGUGUCGAAGAUGAAGAACAACGCUCAGGACAAGACGAUGACAAACUUGGCUGCGCCACCUAAGCUCCAGUUUGAAGGAUCAGAUCGGACCUUCACCAUCAAGAGGGAGCUUGGCAAGGGAGCGUUUGCGCCCGUGUAUCUCAUCGAAAGCAAACUGAAUGAUGAAGGGCAGGACGAGAACGCACCUGUGCAGAUGGGCAAGGGCGAGUUCGGACUCAAGCGCCAGCCUCUCGAAGCCCUGAAGAUGGAGGACCCUCCCACGCCGUGGGAGUUCUACAUCAUGCGACAAGCAAAGCGCCGCCUCGGUGUAUGCCGAGCGUCUGAGUCGAUUGUCCACGCCUAUGAAAUGCACGUCUUCAGAGACGAGUGUUACCUUGUUGAGGAGUUCCGUGACCAAGGCACCCUUCUGGAUCUUGUCAACAUCGCGCGAGCCGAGAACGGGGUCAUGGACGAACAGCUAGCCAUGUUCUUCACCAUAGAACUCUUCCGCACCGUGGAAGCGCUCCACGCCAAAGGCAUCAUUCACGGCGAUCUCAAAGCAGACAACAUCCUCGUUCGCUUUGAUGCCCUGCAGAAGGGCGAAUGGGACUCGGUGUACCAACGCGACGGCCGUGACGGCUGGGCGUCCAAGGGCAUCUCCCUUAUCGACUUUGGCCGCGGCAUCGACAUGAAAGCGUUCAAGCCAGACGUGCAGUUCAUCGCCGACUGGCCCACGACCGAAGCCGACUGCGCCGAGAUGCGCGAGCUGCGCCCUUGGACGUACCAGAUCGACUACCACGGCCUAGCUGGCAUUGUGCACAACCUCCUUUUCGGCAAGUACAUUUCCACCGUUGCCGAGCGCGGCGCAACACUCGGUGCGGGCGCGACGAAGACGUACAAGAUCAAGGAAAGUCUCAAGAGGUACUGGCAGACGGAGAUUUGGCACGAGUGUCUGGAUCUGUUGCUCAACCCGCUGAUGCACAUGGAGGGCGAGGAAGGCAGGCGACUGCCGGUGCUGAAGGGGAUGAGGGAGGUGAGGGAGAAGAUGGAGGUGUAUCUGGAGGGUAAUUGCGAGAAAGGGAUUGGGCUGAAGGCGCUGGUUAGGAAGAUGGAAGAGGCUGUCAGGAAGAGAUGA